AUGCCACCCAAGUUCGAUCCUAGUGAGGUAAAGAUCAUCUACCUUCGUGCUACUGGUGGUGAAGUUGGUGCUUCAAGUGCCCUCGCUCCCAAGAUCGGUCCUCUCGGUUUGUCCCCCAAGAAGGUUGGUGAAGAUAUCGCCAAGGGUACCAAGGACUGGAAGGGUCUCCGUGUCACUGUCCAAUUGACCAUUCAAAACCGUCAAGCCCAAGUUUCCGUUGUUCCUUCCGCUUCCUCUUUAGUCAUCAAGGCUCUUAAGGAACCUGUUCGUGACCGUAAGAAGGAAAAGAACAUCAAGCACUCUGGUAACAUCUCUCUUGAUGAUGUUAUUGAAAUUGCUCGUACCAUGCGCUUCAAGUCCUUGGCUCGUGAACUCAAGGGUACUGUCAAGGAAAUCCUUGGUACCGCUUUCUCUGUUGGUUGUACCGUCGAUGGUCAAAGCCCCAAGGAUAUUCAAGAUGCUAUUGACGCUGGUGAAAUCGAAAUUCCUGAAAAAUAAAUUGGAUUUUGAACAACACAUAAAUCACUUGCAUUUUAUAAAUAAAUACGAUUUUGGUAAAACAAAAUAAAGGCAUAUACACAGACACAGACACACACACGCUCAUAUACGCAUACACAAUGGAUAUCUAUUUGUGAGGAUAAACGUUUUUUUUAGUCUUGGGAAUACAAUUGCGUGACGAGCAAUAGGGACAAAUUCAUUGGGAUUUUAUCAACGGUCUUUGCUUUUUUUUUGUUUUUUGUUUUUUU